UAAGAAGUCCUUUUUUGAAACAUUUUCGUAAUGAAGAACGCAAGAAUAGUUAUCAUUGGCACAGGUCCAGCAGGCAUUGCAGCUGCUACAAAACUCCUAGAACUUGGAUUUGAAAAAGUCACCUUGCUUGAAGCUGAGAAUCGUAUUGGAGGUCGAAUUUACACCAUUCCAUUUGCUGCUAACGUUGUUGAUCUAGGAGGUCAGUGGUGUUAUGGUCAGAAAGACAAUGUUGUGUAUGAGUUGGUAAAAGACGAGAACCUUGUCGAACACUCUAGGGAAGAAAUGCAGAAAUUUAUGUUUAUUCGUUCGAACAAAAGACUGAUUUGCUAUAAUUUAAUGGAUCGUUUGAAAGCUAUUUACGAAAAUAUUCUAGAAGGUGGUAAAAACGAAAUGUUAACUUAUAAAGGUUCCGUGGGUAAAUUCGUUACUGAUAAAUUCUUCAAAGCUUUAGAGAAGCCAGAAAACUCUGAUAUCAACAUGACGUCAGCAAAACAGAUAUUUGAAAGUUUCAAGAAAAUGGAAAAUUCUUCAAAUGCAAGUGAUACACUGGAUGAACUUUCAGCCAAGGGUAUACACGAAUAUUGGGAUUGUGAAGGUGAUUUGUGGAUGAAUUGGAAGGAGAAGGGUUAUCUUCGAUUUUUGCAAUUUCUCAUGAAAUCAACUGAAACCAAUGAAUUGGGAAUGCUUGAUCAGAAAGUGAAGUUGGGAAAACAGGUGGAAAAGAUCACUUGGUCAAGGGAACCAAUUCAAAUUAAAUGCAAAGAUAAUGAAAUUAUUGAAGCUGAUCAUGCUAUUGUUACAGUGUCUUUGGGAGUUCUUAAAGAAAAGCACUCAAAACUGUUUGAACCUCAACUGCCAGCAGAAAAGAUUCGUGCAAUUGAAACUAUUGGAUUUGGAACUAUCAAUAAAAUGUAUUUGGAGUUUCCUGAUCAAUUUUGGUAUGAACGAGAAGAUUGGCCUGGUUUUACGAUUGUGUGGCGUGAUGAAGAAUUAGCAGAAAUUCGUGGUACAAGUCAAGCUUGGUUGGAAGAUGUUAUUGGUUUUUAUCCAGUCGUUCAUCAACCAAAGACCUUAUGCGGUUGGAUGAUUGGUCCUAAUGGACGCUAUAUGGAAACUCUGCCAGAAAAAGAAGUUAUUGAUGGAUGUAUGUUUCUAUUGAGGAAAUUUCUUUAUUGGAAAAUCUCUGAACCAGUGGCUUUUAAACGAAGCACAUGGUCUUCGAGUGAAAAUUUCAGAGGAUCUUAUUCCUUCCAAUCGGUUAAAGCAGAGGAAGCAAAUGCAAAACCUAGUGAUCUUGCAAGUCCAUUGACAAAAUCCGUUGAUGACAAUAAACCGAUCGUUUUGUUUGCUGGAGAAGCUACUAGCUAUCAUCAUUAUGGGACUGUACAAGGAGCCGUUGAAACUGGUUGGAGAGAAGCAAAGAGACUUGCAGAUUUGUAUGUCGAUAGUAACAAUAAAUUAGAGUAGUUUAAAGAAGGCUAUGAUUGUCUCUAUUUUGAAAAGCUUUUUGAUCAAUUAUUGUUUCUAUUAAAAUUACUCUUAAUAAUUUGCAUUUUUUUCAAAGAAAUUUAUUUAAAAUAAAAGAAGUAUCUACAUAUUUAAA